ACGCAAGCAAUUACGACGAUGGCCAAGGUGGUCCACAGCGUUCAGGCGUCCUUGGUAAGGCUGUGUAACGACCGCGACGGGUUGCCUGGCUGUUGAGUAUUGUGUGCUGACAUACAAAGUGGAUGAUGGUCGACUCGAGCUGCCGCUUCAGCCUCUUCCUGCGAGGGCCGUUCAUUGCGAAGCGAACUGCGAAGCCACCUGGCCGGAGGGAGUCGGCGGCUCGCAGUCUGACCUGCGCAGACAGGUGCCGCGUUGGUGGAGGAGCAGGUGCGGAGGAUGCAAAACAAGAGGGCGCUACGGGCUAGUGGUGAGUGGGUCGCCCCUGCCGCUUCUGUGCUUGUCCAAGGUUUCCUUAGCGUGCCUGCCAAAAAUAACCUGGUAGCCGCUCAGCAUGCAGCACGCGCGUCUACCACAAAACGAGAGAUGGCGGCGGGCUUCUCAAAAGCAGCGCGGCCCCGCGCGCAGUCUUUGAUUCCGAGUAUAGACAAUACGCGAUAAUACCACGAUAACCUCAGAAAGAACAUUGUAUUUGGGAGUACCGACCUCGUAUCCAUCAACAGAUACGACCGCUGCACCUGGCCAGAGAAGGCUGACGGAUCCCCGCCACACUGCCUCUGUCUGCGCCCACCUGGCUUCUGAGUGCGGCAAGUCUCACCCAUGAUGCUCUCGACUAUAUCAUCACACCCCGCGCCGCCCACCUUCUCAUCGUC